UUAAUCAUGAGAUACGCUUCGUCGAUUCAAGAUGGCGGAGAACGGUGAAAUAGCACCUCUUCUCAACAAGAAAUUUGAACACUCUGGUGAAGAAUUGACCGGUUGUGGAGCCACAGUGUGCUGUGAUCCUAGAAAAGGUGUCCAUCGCUACUUUGUCCUUGGGUUGAUAUGCUUCUUGAGUUUUGGAAGUUACUACUGCUAUGAUAAUCCAGCAGCAUUAGAGAAAAAUAUUGAACUGGACAUGAAUGUUUCCACACAAAAAUAUGUGUUGUUAUACUCGCUCUAUUCAUACCCAAAUGUAGUGUUAUGUUUCUUUGGUGGAUUUCUUCUGGACAGAGUCUUUGGUGUGAGGCUUGGCACCAUUAUCUUCAGUUUAUUUGUCUUAAGUGGUCAGAUUGUGUUUUCUCUGGGAGCUUACAUCCACAGUUUUACAGUUAUGGAGGUGGGCAGGUUUAUAUUUGGGCUUGGAGGGGAAAAUUUGGCAGUGGCCCAGAACACUUACUCUGUGAACUGGUUCAAAGGGAAGGAGUUGAAUAUGGUGUUUGGACUUCAGCUAAGCUUUUCAAGAGUGGGCAGCACAAUUAACAUGAAUGUAAACAACCCAAUUUAUAAGUCAUUUUCAAGUCAUGUCCUAGCAACAAAGAGCUACCAGGCUCUAGGAAUGACCUUGUUUGUUGGAGCUGGUGUUUGCAUGUUUUCUCUCGUCUGUGGGUUGGUACUGGGUUUUCUGGACAAGAGAGCAGCUCGCAUUCUGAAGAAAGAAGAUAGUCAAACAGGUGAAGUCAUUCGUUUGUCAGAUGUCAAAGACUUUCCCCUUAAUUUGUGGCUAAUAUUUAUUAUCUGUGUUGCCUACUAUGUGGCUAUUUUUCCAUUUAUAGCACUUGGCCUUGCAUUUUUUGAGGCAAAGUUUGACUUGAAUCCCACCAAAGCAGGAGCAGUUAACAGUGUGGUGUUUAUCAUUUCCGCCUGUGCCUCUCCAUUCUUGGGCUUUAUGGUGGAUAGAGUUGGAAAGAAUAUCUUCUGGGUAAUUUUAUCAGUGGCUGUAACCCUUGGCUGCCAUUGCUUGAUGGCUUUCACUUUUUGUAACCCAUUUGUCGCUAUGAGUAUACUGGGUGUGUCUUACUCCAUGUUGGCCUGUGCUCUGUGGCCACUUGUUGCUUUAGUUGUCCCUGAACAUCAGUUGGGUACUGCCUAUGGAUUCAUGCAGUCUAUUCAGAAUCUGGGACUUGCAGUUAUUUCACAAGUAGCUGGAACAAUUGUAGACCUUAAAGGAUAUUUAGUAUUGGAAGUGUUUUUCUGCGCCUGGUUGUGCAUUGCCUUGAUUGCCAGCAUUCUGCUCUACUUGGUUGAUGCCUCCAGAGGGACAGGCCUAAACCUCUCCACCCUAGAAAGAAAGAAAUUAGCAGCUCAAAGCAGAGUCACACUUAUUUCGUCAGAAGAGGAAGACAUUCACAAGAGAGACUAUAAUGUGAGUCCAAUCACUCCUCGCUCUGCAGCUCAGCUGCGGUUGCGCUUUUUGUCACGAGUAGGCCAACAGUACUUCCAGCUACCAGAGACCUACAGAGCUUCGGCACUGGCUUAUCCUCAUGUACUUAAGUGAUUAGUCACCUACUUUCAGUGCAAGAAUGAGCUCCUCACAGGCGGUGUCAAUUUGAAGGACUGGGUUACAAUAUUUGAGGCGAAAGAUGCGUUACCAUGUUAUUUUGAUGGUGGAUCUCGUAUUAGUUUUCCAGAUUCAUUCUCAUGCAAGCUUUAGAAUGAUUUAGAAUUAUACCGGCGAGAUAUACGCAAGUAACUUCCAUAAUUAUUUAGUUAAAGGAGACUCAUUUGAGAAAUUUAUACCUCCUUUAAACCUAUUUCCCUUUUUUUUUCGGUUUUUAUCAAAGGUUAUUUUGUAUCGUUUGGGCUAGUUUAAAUUUUUUGCUGAAUUGCAAGACAGAAUCACCCUAAAUAACAAAUGUAUCGUUACCUAAUUCAAUAAUGUGACGCAGAAUCCUUAAUUUGAUGCAAUAGACCUUCAAAGUGCAAUUAUUUGUAUUGAUUAGCGCAAUUUUUUAAUGAAUUGUCGAAAGUCAGCCAGGAUUGCAUUCGCUUUGCCUUGAUUGGUCUAGAAAAUCGCGUCACUUUCUUAACCAAUCAGAUGCAAAACUGAAACCGAUCACGACAUGGUCGCUCGCGUUUUCCCGCGCUUUGUAAUUAGAAAUUAUUGUAACUACUUAAAAUAAAGUGAUUUUCUUACUUAUUUUGGAACUAA